CGAGGUUUCAGUCCGGUUUUGUCCAUCAGUCUUUCGUUUCUCGCCUUAGUUACAUGUUGUUGUCCAUGAAUCUCACUGGUAACCGUUUUGGACGUUAAGGACUUGUACUACGACAGAAAUAUAAAAUGGGUAGUGUUUGUUUUAUCGCGUUUUAUAGCUGUGACAUGUUUGUGAAGCUGUAAAGGUGUCAGCGGGUCCUGCAGCAGACAUGGAGCCCGGCGGGGAGCGAGGCAGCCCGGGCUGGGACUGGGACAGCCCGCGGUGUCGAGCCCAGCUGGACCAGAUCUUCUUCCGCGAGCACGACUACAUCCAGGCCGGCAGUCCGGAGCACAGGGACUUCUGGGCUUUCUUCGACCGCUUCCAGCGGUUCCGGACCCGGAGGGAGGUGUCGGUGGCCCGGACGGGGGGCACGGAACUCAGGAAAGCCGAGAAAAAGACUGGGAAGAAGGUAGAUCUGGGUCUGCCUGAAGAGUAUGACGCCCGCUACAAGAUCAACGUGUCAGUCUGCACCAAGGACGUGGAGGAGCGGCUGGGGAAGUCGGACCACCGGAGCAGGCGGAGCUCCUCCGGACCGGGAGCCCAGCAGGUCUCCGACUGCCGCCUGGCUCUGCUGCACUUCCUGGACUUCAGCCAGAGACAGAGCUUCGCUAAACUGGCCAAGCUGCGCCAGGAGCAGAAGAACCUGCCCAUCUACCAGUACCGGGACCGGAUAGUGGAGCUGGUCCGGCUGAACCCGGUGGUGGUGGUCGCGGGGGACACGGGCUGUGGUAAAUCCACCCAGGUGCCGCAGUACCUGCUGUCCGCCGGCUUCAACCACGUCGCCUGCACGCAGCCUCGCCGCAUCGCCUGCAUGUCCCUGGCCAAGAGGGUCAGCUUCGAGAGCCUCAACCAGUACGGCUCAAAGGUGGGGUAUCAGAUCCGUUUUGAGACCAGCCGAACGCCGGCCACCAAACUGCUGUUCCUGACCGAGGGGCUGCUGCUCCGGCAGAUCCAGAAGGAGAAGACGCUGGCUCAGUACGAGGUGGUGAUUGUGGACGAGGUCCACGAGCGGCAUCUUCACUGCGACUUCCUUCUUGGCGUCCUGCGCUCUCUGCUGGCCGACCGCCCCGACCUGCGCCUCAUCCUCAUGUCGGCCACCAUCAACAUUAAACUCUUCUCCAACUACUUUAAUAGUGCUCCCGUGCUGCAGGUGCCAGGUAGACUGUUUCCUAUCCAGGUCAUGUACCAGCCCAUCCCCCCCGAAGAGCAGGCCUCGCGCUCGGAGAAGCUGGAUCCCAGGCCGUACCUCCGCAUCCUGCAGGGCAUCGAUCAGCGCUACCCUCCGGAGGAGCGCGGAGACCUGCUCCUCUUCCUCAGCGGCGUCGCCGAGAUCGCCACCGUUCAGGAGGCUUGUCAGGUUUACGCCACGCACACACGGCGCUGGAUAGUCUUACCGCUCCACAGCACGCUCUCCAUCGCCCAGCAGGAUAAGGUGUUUGACAUUUCUCCUCCUGGUGUGAGAAAGUGCAUCAUCUCCACCAAUAUUGCAGAGACCUCAGUUACGAUAGAUGGGGUGCGCUUUGUUGUGGAUUCAGGAAAGGUGAAAGAAAUGAGUUUUGAUCCCAAAGCGAAGAUGCAACGUCUGCAAGAGUUCUGGAUUAGCCGAGCCAGUUCUGAGCAGAGGAAAGGUCGAGCCGGCCGCACGGGUCCCGGUGUUUGUUACCGGCUCUACGCCGAGUCGGACUACAACGCCUUUGCUCCGUAUCCUGUACCGGAAAUCCACAGAGUGGCUCUGGACUCCCUCAUUCUCCAGAUGAAGAGCAUGGGCCUCGGAGAUCCACUCUCUUUUGUUUUUAUCGAUCCACCUCCAGCUGCGAGUAUCCAGACGGCGGUUACAUAUCUGAGGGAACAGGGAGCUCUCGACAUCCGGGGGGAACUCUCCUAUAUUGGCUGUUUACUGGCACAGCUUCCUGUGGAUGUGGUCAUAGGUAAGAUGCUGGUGUUGGGUUCUGUUUUCAACCUUGUGGAGCCCGUCUUGACAGUAGCAGCGGCCCUCAGCGUUCAGUCACCCUUCCUACGUAGCUCCCAGCACAACCCAGACUGUGCCACCGCCCGCCAGCCCCUGCAUAGCAACCAGGGAGACCCCUUUACCCUACUCAACGCCUUCAAUGCCUGGGUGGAGGUGAAAGGAGAGAGAGGUGGUGGCUCCAGAAAGUGGUGCAGGAGGAGAGGCCUGGAGGAGCAGCGUCUAUAUGAGAUGGUCAACCUCCGCAGACAGUUCAAGGACCUGCUGAAGAGCCACAGCCUGCUGGAGUCAGAGGAAAGGGCUCCCUCCGGUGGCGACCGUAAGCACCGCAGGGAGAGGUUCACGGAGAAGAGAAAGCUGCACCAGCUGAAGAGAGACCACGAGCAGCAGGAGGGGAGCAAGCGGAGAGUCCUGAGGAUGGACGAGGGUCAGAAUGAAGACUUCUCCUCGGGGUCAGACACGGAGGACAAAAGCAAACGCAAGAAGGGAAAGGGGGACACGGGACAGAACUUGGAUAUACAGGAAGUGAAGUUCAAGUUGCGUCACAACGUGUCAGAGCUCCAGGAGUCGGUGAGCGUCAGUCAGGACUUGUCCUCGCGCCAGCAGGCUCUGCUCAAGCUGCUGCUCUGCCGAGGUCUUUACCCUCAGCUGGCUCUGGCCGACGAGCACAACUCCACCCGCAAGGACUCGGAGCAGGUGUUUCACACAAGAAAUAAGCACGGAGUGGUGAUCCACCCAACCAGCGUGUUCGCAAGUGAUCCAGAGGUGCUGCAUGUGCCGGAGGACGACACCAGAGAAAUGGGGCCUGAGAGGAGGGACAGCACCAGACACCAGCUGCUCGCCUUCGUCACCCUGUUGGAGACCAACAAGCCGUAUUUGUCCAACUGCGUGCGGGUUCCAGCGCUGCAGGCUCUGCUGCUGGUAGCGAACUCUGUGGACACCAACGCUGACUGUACGCGGAUGGUGGUGGACGGCUGGCUGGAGCUGGAGCUGCGGGAGGCGGAGGAGGCCCUCAGGGCUCUGUCCACGGCCCUCACCCUCAGGGCGGAGUGGGAGAGGCUGCUGCAGGCCCAGCUGGGACAGAGCUCCACAGAGGAGGCCGGAGCCCCGGCCGUGUCCCGCAGAGACAUGGAGAAGCUGAGCGACGGCCUGGUCCGCUUCCUGCUGUACAACGAGAUCUGUUACAGCCUGCAGCGCCUCACAGCGUUCCAGACCCAGAACCUGUACAUCGGCCCUCGGUGUGAGAAGGACCCGUCUCACGCAGAAACUCCAGAUCUAAACCUGCUGUUUCCCGGAGCGGCGGCCAAACCAGACCCCAUCAAAGGAGGCCUUCGUGUGACCAACUUCUUCACUUACAACUGUCUGGCUGAUUCAAAGGACCUUUAUAGUGAAUGUUUGCGCACGUUCUGGAGCUGUCAGGUCUGCGGCCUCUACAUGCCUCUGACGCCGCUGGAGCGCAUGCACCAUGAAGCCACCUGCAAACCCGCCUCAGAAGAGCAGCAGACUCAGCCGGUGCCAGAAGCUGGGAAAGCAGGAUCCUCCAGUCUCACCAGAGUCUAUCACUGCGACAUCUGUAAUGAAGACCUGAACCUGACCUCCACUGAGAUCCUCAAACAUAAAAGACAGCACACGUUUUCUGGGAAGUAACCGACGGACGCAACUGGACGAUCCGGACAAAUCGGCUCCGUCGGAGACAUGUUGCACUUGUACAUAUAAACUGAACGUCCUUUAGUUCCCUCUAACAGCUGCUGGACAAGAAAAAUAACGGAAUACUUAUGCUGUGAUUCAGAGGCAAGAAAUACCAUAAUAA